AUGGGCGUAUCAGACCAAGCUGCUGGUCUUGUGCUAUUGACCUUAAGCGCUACCGCGUACGUCUACUACAGCUUCUGGGUGCUGCUGACGCCGUUUGUUGACAAGAACCACCCUAUUCAGCAGGUCUUCCUGCCAUAUCACUACGCCAUUAGUAUCCCUGCUGUGCUACUUGUGAUGCUGUUCAGUGGCGCUGCUACGUUCAUCGGCAUGGUCAUGAUCAAAAGUCAGAAGAAGAAAAGCGACUAG